AACCGCAUCAUUCGUACUCGAACAAACCGCAUCGUACGACAGAUGCGAGUAACGAAAUGAAUUUGUGAGUACCGAAUCGGUACUUCGAGUUAACCGAUGUACCCGUUACUCAGUAACGAAUACAUGCGGUUUGCUCCAGCUCUAAUUGUUAGCAAGAAGUCUAUUCUAACCUCUUUGGUUGUUAGCAACGGACACGACGUGUUUUAUCACAAAGUAAUAUUAUGUUUCCGUUCCCAAUUGCAAAAUACUUAACUUGCUUAGCGUAUGCCUUGCAUCAAAAUGUGGAAUCUAUUCUGUCCUUCUUUCGAUUAUAUUGAACUCUAUUCAAGAAGUCCUAAUGAUAUUAUAUUUCGCUAUUAAAAUCCUGAGUGUAUCACUAUUCUGAAAAUGAAGUAUAUAUGGGUUUAUUUGCAAACUUAAGAAGUACCCAUUGAAGACACGUAUCAAGUAUACGUCAUACAAAACUGCAAUUUAAACACAAACACGCAUAUGUAUGCGCAAAUAUGGAAAGCAACAUGUUUAGUUGUGUAGAAAAUUAUAUUUAAUUGUUACAUAUUAAAUAAACGCAGGUAGUUAUGUAAAUAUAGCAAGAAGCAAUUUGAAAUUAACAAGCACUGAGUAACAGUUGCUAGUACAAUUGAAGUCAUGCAGCAUUAGUGUGGUACUUUAGAUAUAAAAUUAUAUAUAUAGACUCAGAAAAGAAAUGGCAGGGGGAAAAAGGUUAAUCGUUGAGUAAGUGUUCAUGGAGAUUGACUACUUGUAUCACACAAGAUAUAAGACUCAUGCAUAGUGGAUAUUAACAUUUUUACGAAGAUAGGCCCAUGUAUCUGUGCAUUGGGAGGAAAAAGCUAUCAUAGCAUUUAGACUAUAAUUUAGGUAAAACUUAUAAUAGAAUUAACAUCAUUUCUAUUCAUGCAGAACAUUGACAUCACCAUAACAUCUAUAACACAUUAUAUGAAAUACACACAUACUUGUUUCUGUAUGCAGGAAACUUUAGUGAAGUGUGCAAAAAGUCAUCAUAACAGUGUCACGCAUGGUAUGUAAUAUAUAUAUAUAUAUAUAUAAGAAAUCAUUUACGUAAAAGGUAAUGCAUACUUAUCUGCAUGUGAAAAGAAUUUAUUUGUGUGUUAUGUAAUAAAUCAUGUAGAUGAAAAAGUGAUAUAAAAAUCCACAGAUGGAGCUGAAACUAUGUAUGUCUAAGGUAUGUAAUAGAUUAAACAUUGAUAUGCUUAUUUACUUAAGGAAAACCUAAUAUGUGUGAGGCAUAUAACAAGUUAUUUAAACACAACAGUGUUUAAAACAGGCAUGUGCUUUUGUAGAGCAUGCAAACUCUGUGAGGUGUUUGAUAAAUUGUAUACAAAAGGACUGAUUUAAAGAACUAUAUUUUAUUAAUACAAAAGAAAAACCUCAUAUGUGAGGUGUGUAACAAGACAUUCAGAGAAAAGGCUAAAUUAAAAAGCAUCUGCUCAGCUCAUGAGUGCAUAUAUGUAGCAAAUGAUUUAGACUAAAGCAUUAUUUCAAAAAACAUAUUUCUUCACACAAGAGAGAAACCUCAUGUGUGUGAGAUAUGUGACAAAUCAUUUAGAUUCAAGCAUAUUUUAAAUAGACAUAUGUAUCUUCAUUCAAGAGAGAAAUCUCUUGUGUGUGAGGUAUGUUCUAAAUCAUUUACAGAAACAGUUAAUUAAAACAUGCAUAUGCUUAUUCACACAGGAGAGAACCUUCAUGUGUGUGACGUAUGUAAGAAGCCAUUUAGAGAAAAGAGUAAACUUAGCAUACAUAUGCUUCUUCAUUCAGGAGAAAAACCUCAUGUGUGUGAGGUAUGUAACAAGACAUACAGAGAAAAAUGCAAAUUAAAAACGCAUAUGCUCAUCCACACAGGAGAAAAACCGCAUUUGUGUCAUAUAUGUAACAAAUCAUUUAGACUGAAAACAACUUUACAUAAACAUAUAUUUCUCCACACAGGAGAAAAACCUUAUGUGUGUGAGGUAUGUAAUAAAUCAUUUAAACAAAGGGAUAGAUUAAACUUGCAUCUGCUUGUACACACAGGAGAAAAACCUCAGGUGUGUCCUGUUUGUAACAAAUCAUUUAGAUUAAAAAAUACUUUAAAUAAACAUAUGCUUCUUCACACAGGAGAGAAACCUCAUGUGUGUGAGAUAUGCCACAAAUCAUUUAGAGCAAGGAAUAAAUUAAAUAGGCAUUUGCGUAUUCACACACAAGAAAAUGUGUGUGAAGUAUGCAAUAAGACAUUUAAAGAAAAGAGUGAACUUAAUAUUCAUAUGCUUCUUCACACGGGAGAAAAACCUCAUGUGUGUGAUAUCUGUACCAAGAUGUUUAGACUGAAGGUUGAUUUAAACAGACAUAUGUUUCUUCAUAAAGCUGGAAAACCUUUCAUAUGUGAAGUAUGUAAUAAAUCAUUUACAGACAAAAGUACUUUAAACAAGCAUGCUGUUAUUCAUACAGGAAAGAAAUCUCAUGUGUGCGAGAUUUGUAACAAGUCAUUUGCACUAAAAGGCAGUUUAAAUAGACAUAUGAAUAUUCAUACAGGAGAGAAACCUCAUGUUUGUGAGGUAUGCGAUAAGUCAUUUGGAGAUAGAAGUACUUUAAACAGACAUGUACUCGUGCAUACAGGAAAGAAAUCUCAUGUGUGUGCAACAUGUAACAAGUCAUUUACAUUAAAGAGUGUUUUAAAUAGACAUAUGUUUAUUCAUACAGGAGAAAAACCUCAUGUAUGUGAGAUAUGCAACAAAUCAUAUAGACAAAAGUGUGAUUUAAAGAAACAUUUACUUCUUCACUCAGGAGAUGUACCUUGUACCUGAGGUAUGUAAUGAGUCAUUCCAAAAAAAUGUUAGUUUGAAAUCAUACACCUAUGCAUACAUGAGAAAAGUUGUAUAUCUCUUAAAUGAGCUGGUAGGUUAACUAGAGAUACCCACACAGGAUGUGCUUGCUUUUAAAAGCAGCUGAGAAACCACACAUGUAUGAGAUAUGAUACAAAUCAUUUUAACUAAAAGCUGACUUAACUUCAUUACAUAUACUAAGGUAUAUUGGACACAGAUUUGUGAAAUUACGUUUGUUGUAACCUGCUUUUAUUAUGUAUCUGAUGAAAUGAUUCCAUUCAAACCUCAGAAAGUUAAACUUAAUGAUUAAUAAUAUUUUCUAUUUUUUUUUUAUUUACAUGCAUUCUAUAUUAUAAAUCUUUUAUGCAAUCUUAGUCUUAAAUUGAUCAGAAAUUAUUACCCCAUUAUUUAUGAGCUAUUUAUUUUAAACUUUUUAUUUUGGCAUGAGAUAUUAGCAGUCGACUGCAGUUUCAAAGUUUUAUGGAAAUAUUUUUAAAAUAAUCUAUUUUAUUAUUUUCACAUAUAGUAUGUGUGACAUGUUUUCCAUGUUAUAAGUCUUUUAUGUAUUCUUUGUCAGAAGGUUAUUGGGAAUUAAAACCCUAUUAUCUAUGAACUUUUUAUCUUGAAUUGUGUUUUCCUAUGAGAUAUUGGAACUUUUAAUGUACACUGUACUUUUAAUGUUUUGUGGAGAUAUUUUAAAAAUUAUCUGUUUUUUUAUUUUCACAUGCUGUAUGUGUCAGGUAUUUUCUAUGUAAUUAAUUUUUUUGUACACAUAAAUUAAAGCCCUACUGUGUAUCAACUCUA